AUGCCUGGAGCUUGCGCCCGUGGCCCCGCCGCGGCCGCCGGGGACGCUUGGCUGCGGCUGGCGCGGCUGGCGCUGGUCCUGCUGGGCUGGGUCUCCUCGUCGUCCCUCCCCUCCUCGGCGACCUCGUCUGCCUCCUCGGGGUCCUUAGGGGCUGUGUCCGCGCAGCCCCCGCUGCCAAGCCAAUGCCCCCCGCCCUGCGAGUGCUCCGAGGCGGCGCGCACCGUCAAGUGCGUGAACCGCAACCUGAGCGAGGUGCCCGCGGACCUGCCCGCCUACGUGCGCACCCUCUUCCUCACGGGCAACCAGCUGGGCGCGCUGCCCGCCGGCGCCUUCGCCCGCCGCCCGCCGCUGGCCGAGCUGGCCGCGCUCAACCUCAGCGGCAGCCGCCUGCAGGAGGUGCGCGCCCGCGCCUUCGAGCACCUGCCCAGCCUGCGCCAGCUGGACCUCAGCCACAACCCGCUGGCCUAUCUCAGCCCCGCGGCCUUCGCGGGCAUCACCAACGCCAGCGCCUCCUCGCCCCCCGGGCCCCUGGUGGAGCUGUUCCUGAACCACAUCGUGCCCCCCGAUGACGACGAGCGCCACGCCAACCGCAGCUUCGAGGGGAUGGUGGCGGCCGCCCUGCGAGCCGGCGGCCAGGCGCUGCGCGGGCUCCGCCGCCUGGAGCUGGCCAGCAACGCCUUGGUCUACCUGCCCCAGGAUGUCCUGGCCCAGCUGCCCAGCCUCAGGCACCUGGACCUGCGCAACAACUCGCUGGUGAGCCUGACCUACCUGUCCUUCCGCAACCUGACGCACCUGGAGAGCCUCCACCUGGAAGACAAUGCCCUCAAGGCCCUGCACAACGGCACGCUGGCAGAGUGGCAGGGCCUACCCCAGGUCAGGGUCUUCCUGGACAACAACCCCUGGGUCUGCGACUGCCACAUGGGGGACAUGGUGGCCUGGCUCAAGGAGACAGAGGUGGUGCAGGGAAAAGCCAGGCUCACCUGUGCGUUCCCGGAGAAAAUGAGGAACCGGGUCCUUCUGGAACUCAACAGCUCCGACCUGGACUGUGAUCCUAUCCUCCCUCCGUCCCUGCAGACUUCCUAUGUCUUCCUCGGUAUCGUGUUAGCCCUGAUCGGUGCCAUUUUCCUACUGGUUUUGUAUUUGAACCGCAAGGGGAUAAAAAAAUGGAUGCAUAACAUCAGAGAUGCCUGCAGGGAUCACAUGGAAGGUUAUCAUUACAGAUACGAGAUCAACGCGGACCCCAGGUUAACCAACCUCAGUUCUAACUCGGAUGUCUGA